AUGGAUAAAUUGAAUCAAAAAAUAAAAGUGGGUCGACAUCAUCUAACUUUUAAAGAAUGGAAAUAUGUUAUUGUUAUGAUUCACUCGACAUUAGUGAUUAUGCAAACAUUAUUACUACUUCUUGUUGGUGAUGAACUUUCAAAUUACAUUGUAAAUUUAGUUGUUCUUUCUUUACUUGGUACGUUUCUUUUAAUUCUAACUCAUCCUGUUGUAAAUAUUUUUUAUUCGUUUGGAGUCUUAGUUUUUAUUAUACAUGAAUAUCAGGAUAUUUGGGGACAGUGGAAAUCAUUUUCUCACAAACACAAUUUAAAUUGCAAUGCUUACACAACUGAGUGUGGUUUAAUCGUGGCAAAAUAUACAUUUUCAUUUAUUAAUGUACUGGUAAUGUUUUACUAUAUUGUACCUGUUUUUCUAGCUAUUAUAAUAUAUUCAGCUACAUUUAAUAAGAUAUCUACUUUAAAAACAAAAAUGGAAAAAAGGAUCAAUUUUCUAAGAGGAACAGAGGAAUCAUACUUAUUCAGUGAUAUGUUAAAUAUCUUGUAUAAUGAAACAAAUAUUGAACGUGAAAGGAAUAUUUUUAAAAUGAUAACUUCAAAGCGUUUUCAAAAUAUUAUGGUUGGCCAACAUAAAUCUGUAGAGAAAGAUCCAUUAUCGAUAUUAAAUUAUGAAAAUGCAAAAGGUAGACAAAUAUAUUAUGUUAAUAAUUAUUCGACUAAUAGCAACAUAGAUGAAAAAAAACAAAUAUUUUUAUACACUUCCUCUGGGAUACGUUGGAUACCUGGAACAUCUUAA